UUCAUCCUCCGUUAAAACACGGAAGACGAAGAACUCGAGCGGCGUCAGAAAUUUCAAGAUGGACGGAGACGGGAUUGAUCAUAUGGAGACUGGGGAGAGUAAAGGAGGCUCGGGACUCCGUCAGUACUACUUGUCAAAAAUCGAAGAAUUGCAGCUGACUGUAAAUGACAAAAGCCAAAAUCUUAGACGCCUUCAGGCACAGAGAAAUGAGCUGAAUGCUAAAGUGCGUCUCCUCCGUGAGGAGCUACAGCUGCUGCAGGAGCAAGGGUCCUACGUCGGAGAGGUCGUGAGGGUCAUGGACAAAAAGAAAGUGCUGGUGAAGGUGCAUCCAGAAGGAAAGUUUGUGGUGGAUGUGGACAAGAACAUUGACAUCAAUGAUGUGACUCCCAACUGCCGCGUGGCUCUGCGUAACGACAGCUACACGCUGCACAAGAUCCUUCCCAACAAAGUGGACCCCCUGGUGUCCCUCAUGAUGGUGGAGAAGGUGCCGGACUCCACCUACGAGAUGAUCGGCGGCCUGGACAAGCAAAUCAAAGAAAUCAAGGAAGUGAUCGAGCUGCCAGUCAAGCACCCGGAGCUGUUCGAGGCUUUGGGCAUCGCCCAACCAAAGGGGGUGCUGUUAUACGGUCCUCCAGGCACCGGGAAGACCCUCCUGGCCCGAGCUGUGGCCCACCACACCGACUGCACCUUCAUCAGGGUGUCUGGUUCUGAACUGGUCCAGAAGUUUAUCGGAGAAGGUGCUCGCAUGGUGCGUGAGCUGUUUGUCAUGGCGCGAGAACACGCUCCCUCCAUCAUCUUCAUGGAUGAGAUCGACUCCAUUGGUUCCUCCCGUCUGGAGGGAGGCUCUGGAGGCGACAGUGAGGUGCAGAGGACCAUGUUGGAGCUGCUCAAUCAGCUGGACGGCUUCGAGGCCACUAAGAACAUCAAGGUCAUCAUGGCGACAAAUCGCAUCGACAUCCUGGACUCUGCUCUCCUCCGGCCAGGACGGAUUGACAGGAAGAUCGAGUUCCCUCCACCGAAUGAAGAGGCUCGUCUGGACAUCCUGAAGAUUCACUCCAGGAAGAUGAACCUGACGCGUGGCAUCAAUCUGAGGAAGAUCGCAGAGCUGAUGCCUGGAGCCUCGGGGGCUGAGGUCAAGGGCGUCUGCACGGAGGCGGGCAUGUACGCACUGAGAGAGAGGAGAGUCCACGUUACUCAGGAGGACUUUGAGAUGGCCGUCGCCAAGGUGAUGCAGAAGGACAGUGAGAAGAACAUGUCCAUCAAGAAGCUGUGGAAGUGAAGAUGGACACACCUGUAUAUUUACUGCUUUGACUAUGAUCUGAUUUAUAAAUGUCCCUAAAAGUCCCUAAAUAAAUGGUUGAACCCAAAA